GCUUUAUAAAUUCACGGUGUUAGCUUCUAGCACACCUUUAAUAUUUUCGCUCGUCAAUCAGGUUUAUAGAAAAAAACUGCAAUAGACAUUUUCCUAGAACUGCAAGUUUUGUAAUACGAUGGCUUGCCAAUUUCCAAAUGAAUUGAUGGAGACCAUUUUUAUACAAAUGAAUGCUGAAAAUUUGAUGCAAUCAAGGAACGUUUGUCUUCGCUGGAAUGAAAUCAUAUCAAAGUUGGAAAGAAAUGGAAGUUUAUGGUUAGACUUUUGUCUUGAGGAAAUUCCAUUACAUUCACUGACUGAUAUUACAAAGAUGCAGGAACUGCAUGUAGCUCAAAAAGGGAAUAUAUUUUAUCACCUGCUAUCAAAGUUAGGUUGGAUUUUCUGGAAGGAAAUUUUCAAGGAGUAUGUAAGAGCAAGGCGUGUGAAAAAUGAACUGUAUGUCAUCACUACAAUUAAAUAUAAUCCAGACAAUGGGCAGGUCACUUCUUUGGCCUUAAAUGAUUUGCUUUUAUAUAGUGGUUUUGAAAAUGGGGAUGUCUAUAUUUGGAAGAAUAUUGAUUCUGGUCAGAGGAGUACCAAAGUUGUAGAGUCUGUCCAUUGUCCAGUGCAGGCCAUAUUCUGUGAUCCAGAGGGAACUACAAGCUCCAGAGUUCUGAAAGGGGAAGUCAGGAAUACAGAGUCAUUGAUUGUAGUGUACAGAGACUUGGUCAAGUUUGUCAGAUAUACAUCAGAAUCAGGUAACAAGAGGUCUGAGUGGCUAUUGGAAGUCCCGAGGAAAUCUUGUGAAAAUUCGUUUGAAUUUUGCCCAGUAAUUCCUAGUGAUGACAAGGUCUGGUUUGAAUGGUACACUGGUAACCAGUUUCAUUUUGUAACAUCAGAGACAGAAACUGUGCAUGUCAGUACAUCUAUGGACAGAAUAACUGCUUCAGACUCCAGCAGUGGAAUGAUAGUGUUGGGGAUGAGGACAGGAGACAUUGUGUACUGUGACAAUCUAGAGACUCAUGGGAACUUGUCAGCCAUUGGUCACACCAGUGACAUAGAGUACAAGGUACUGGGUAAUGUUGGCUCCAGUGUCAGACAGCUGAUUAUCAAAGGCAGAAAUGUGGUGUGUUUAACAGAUGAUUGCAACAUCUAUGUGUCCAUCAACUUGUCAAGGUUUCGUUGUCUUGAUGCCCAUACAAGUUUUGGUUGUCGUGUUGAAUGCAUUGCAUGGCACGGGGCAAUUCUAGCUAUUGGAACAAAAUACGGUAUUGUACAUGUGUACCAUGUUCCACAGGAGAGGGAUCUACAGAAUCUAGAUUUGAGGAAGAAUAUAGCAAUAUCUCUAGACUGUGAGCAUAUAAAUGCCAUCGCAAUAGGGGAUGAUGGGAGUAGACCUGUUAUUGCCGUGGCAACAGAUGUAGUAGGGGUCAUCCAUGUUAUCCGUUGGUGAUAUUCAAGACGAUGUCAGUGAUUUUUUGUCAUUAAUAUUUACAUGUGUCACAAAUUGACAGUUUACCUAGUCCAUUGUUUUAUUUGAAUUAUGAAAGUGAUUUGUUUUUUUCACAACACACAGUUUAAAGUAAUUGUUUUUGAUAGGUGUAUUAUUUGUUUAUGCUAUAAGAAUGUGAGGUAGUCAUAAAUGUUUGUACACAAAUA